UAGAAUUUUCUUUUUUCUUAAAAAAAACAAAAAAUGGUUUUAUAGUUUUAGUAUGAUCCGAUCCCUUCGCGGAGGGGAAGAGAUUCCAAUUCAAAUUUCUCUUCUCUCAGCUCUCGAAUUUCUGACAGUCGAAAAUUCUCCAGAUCUCUUCGCUGGAUUCGUUUCCGGUUAAACGGAGAGGGAGAGAGGAGAGAAAGAGCAAUUGAUUAACCGGGGAAGAAGACGAAGGCGGCGACUUGAAAAGACAAAAUGAUAACGAUCCCAUACCUAACCGCUGUGUCCACCUACUUCAGCUACGGAUUGCUCUUUGCCUUUGGCCAGCUCCGUGAUUUCGUCCGUCGUUUCAUCGAUUGGUGGCUCGUUAGCAAUCUCCAGGGAUACGCGCCAAUCUGUCUGGGGCAUGAGGAUUUCUAUAUCAGGCGAUUGUAUCAUCGGAUUCAGGAUUGUUUUGAACGACCCAUUUCGAGUGCACCUGAUGCCUGGUUUGAUGUGGUCGAGCGUUACUCUAACGAUAACAACAAGACGCUAAAGCGAACAAUAAAGACUACCAGGUGCCUCAAUUUGGGCUCCUACAAUUAUCUUGGGUUUGGUUCCUUUGAUGAAUAUUGCACGCCUCGUGUUAUUGACUCGUUGAAGAAAUUUUCAGCAAGUACAUGCAGCUCUCGUGUUGAUGCAGGAACUACGUCUGUGCUUGCUGAACUUGAGGAAUGUGUUAUAGCACCUUCGCAUUUGGAACGUGUUUUGAGAGAACAAAUUGCAGAAGGACAACCUAGGACACAUCGACCAUGGAAGAAAAUUAUUGUUGUUGUUGAAGGUAUUUACAGCAUGGAAGGGGAGAUUUGUUAACUGCCCGAAAUUGUUGCGAUUUGCAAGAAAUAUAAGGCAUACGUUUACUUGGAUGAAGCUCACAGCAUUGGGGCAAUUGGUAAAACAGGAAAGGGUAUUUGUGAACUCCUGGGAGUUGACACAGCUGACGUGGAUGUAAUGAUGGGAACCUUCACUAAAUCUUUUGGGUCUUGUGGUGGCUAUAUUGCUGGAUCUAAGGAGCUCAUCCAAUAUUUGAAGCAUCAAUGUCCAGCUCACCUUUACGCUACAUCCAUACCAACUCCUUCCGCACAACAAAUCAUAUCUGCCAUUAAGGUUAUUCUUGGAGAGGACGGUUCAAACCGAGGGGCACAAAAGCUAGCAAGAAUACGAGAGAACAGCAACUUUUUCCGGGCUGAGCUGCAGAAGAUGGGAUUCGAGGUACUUGGAGAUAAUGAUUCCCCAGUCAUGCCAAUAAUGCUUUACAACCCAGCAAAAAUCCCAUCUUUCUCAAGGGAAUGUCUGCGACAAAAAGUGGCAGUGGUGGUUGUUGGUUUCCCAGCUACACCUCUACUGCUGGCUAGGGCACGUAUUUGCAUAUCCGCAUCUCAUUCAAGAGAAGAUCUUAUAAGAGCCCUCAAGGUUAUAAGCAAAGUAGGUGACCUUAGUGGAAUCAAAUAUUUUCCGGCAGAGCCGAAGAAGAUAGAAGAGACGAAAAAUGAUACCAAGCUGGAAUGAAGAAUGAUGCAAUGAAAUAAGAGUUCCCUCCAGGAAAACGGAAGCAAAUGCAGUGUCAAGUGUUAACUUCUCUCCAUAUCUCUCUCAUUUGAGGCGUUACACACAAAUCUGAUUUCUCAGGGAUCAAGCCGUUUCCUCUCAUAGUAAAAUCCAACUACUGCAUCUAUCAUCUAUGUGAUUCAUAUUCAUGUUUGUGUUUGGGGGGGAUUUGCCAAUAGUCCAAUUGUAUAGUAAUCUUAUUAAAAAAUACCUAUGAGGGAUAUUACUCCGAACGAAAACUAUGGUUGAUAUUAAUGGUCAAUAGCUUCCAAUAAAAAGCCAGAAGGUUCAAUCACAAUGGGCAAAUCUUGCUUCUUCUUCCUCUAAUACUAGAACAACUACUAACACUAAUAUAGCUAUUUGCUACAUUAAAACAGAACAUCAGAAGAUACAAAGAGAGAAAAAGCUUCAGACAUUGCAGUUA